AUGACACGGAAAAUCAAGAAUGCUUUGAGCGAGUAUGAAAGGACACACGCGUCAGAUGAAACUCAAAGAAGGGUAGAAGUCACACCUAUGGAAAAAAAUCGAGGUCAGCUACAAGUACAAGUACCUGCUCGCAAAUUAUCCCCUAUAAAGACUCCAAUUACCCCAUCAUCAAAGACCACCCGGCAGGCACAAGAUAAGGCAAGCCAUAUUCGGAAAAGAGGCUCGCAGGAGGAUGGGGGGGAGAGGAUAUCGCGAGAAAGAAGCGACACCACUGGGACAACCCAGCUUGAGAAGCAAGAUAGAAAAUCUGAAUUGGGACUUCCUCAACCCUCCAGCACAGCAGAACGCCCAAGAUCUUGUCUUCCAAAGGCAAAGUCGCCCGCCAAGGCUGCAAUAUCAAACGUUCACAAAGAACCAAAAAUUUCCCUUUCACCCAAAACUCACUCCGAGGACAGGAGUAAUGACGAAGUAGUGGAAGUGGGACAUCACAAGCAUGUCGAGGAGAAAGUUCUCGAGAAUAUGAAAGAAAAUUACAGGAGGGACUUGCAGAGUAAAGAAGCAGAAGUAAUUGCCAUUCGAGACCAGUGGGAUAGCGACCUUCGAGAACUACAUGGGAAGAUCGAAAAGCUUGAAAAAACGAAACUAGAGUUGGAAUCCAAAGCUUCAAAUUUAGAAGCAGCAGAAAUCGCCGUCAGAAAUGCAGGAAGGGAUCCACUGGCUUAUGAGAUUGGCCAAAAGAACAUAGAAAUAUGGAUGUUGACUAAUAAGAUUCAUCGGCAGUUCGAAGUGUCAAGCCUCAGCCAGAGAGAAGCAAAGCACCUACCGCCUCAAACUAUCGACACUGCUAUGAACGAGAUCCGCUUAGAGUUGGAAGCUAUGACUGAAAUACAAGACUUUAGACGAAUGCAUAGGCCAAAAGAGUGGUUCGAUGGCGACUUAACACACUUGGUGAACUCUGCUUUUACUUCUCUCGAAGGAUCAGAUGAUGGCGGAUGGGUUGAACUACGACUCUUUGAUGUCGGAGCCUUCAAAGAGCAUAUGAGACAGCCAUACUUCAAAGAUCUUCUAAAACGCACUGCAAAACAGCUUUCGUGUCGAUUAUCAAGGACCUUGAGCCCUUUAUUCGGUAAAAGUCUUCAAAAUCCGGGAAAUGAUUUCUCCUUCCAUACCUGGGGCGAGGACUUGGAGUCUUGGAAGGAAAGACAGUACCAUUUUGAAAGGCUUUUCCGCACAGCCCUUGAGCUAAAAAGUGACUCUACGUUCCUGAAGGAUCUUGGUUACGUCUUUCCAUUUGUGCAUACAAAUCAAAACCACUAA